GCAAUGGAGUCGCUGCACGGGCUCGUAGACCUCCGCACGGCGGCGCAGUUGCUGGCUGCAGCGGCGGCGUUGUACAUCCUCAUUGAGCACCUGUCCUACCACCGCAAGAAGGGCGCCUUGCCUGGGCCGCCGCUCGUCGUGCCGUUCCUCGGCAGCGCCGCGCACAUGGUGCGCGACCCAGCCAGGUUCUGGGAAGUGCAGGCGGCGCGCGCUAGCAAGUCCGGCGCCGGGCUCGCCGCUGACUUUCUGAUCGGCCGUUUCAUGGUCUUCAUCCGCGACUCGGAGCUGUCCCACCGCGUGUUCGCGAACGUCCGGUCCGACGCCUUCGUCCUCAUCGGCCACCCGUUCGGCAAGAAGCUCUUCGGCGACCACAACUUCAUCUACCUGUCCGGCGACGACCACAAGGACCUGCGCCGCCGGAUGGCACCCAACUUCACGCCGCGCGCGUUCGCCACCUACGCCGCCAUCCAGCAGCGCGUGAUACUCUCCCACCUCCGGCGGUGGCUCGACCGGAGCGCCGCCAACGGCGGCAAGGCCAUGCCGAUACGGGUGCCCUGCCGCCAAAUGAACCUCGACACCUCGCAGACCGUAUUUGCGGGGCCGUACCUCACCAAGGAGGCGAGGGAGAGGUUUGAGGAGGACUACAAUCUCUUUAACGUCGGUCUCACGGCCCUCCCCGUUGACCUGCCGGGGUUCGCGUUCCGGCGUGCGAGACAAAGCGUGCCGAGGCUGGUGCGCGUGCUCGACAGGUGCGCGCGGGACAGCAAGGCGCGGAUGCGCGCCGGCGGCGAGCCGGAGUGCCUCGUGGACUACUGGAUGCAGGAGACGGUGCGGGAGAUCGACGAGGCCAAGGAGGCAGGCCUGCUGCCGCCGGCGCACACCGACGACGGGGAGCUGGGGAGCUUCCUGUUCGACAUGCUCUUCGCGGCGCAGGACGCCUCCACCUCCUCCCUCUGCUGGGCCGUGUCGGCGCUGGACUCCCACCCGGACGUGCUCGCCCGCGUGCGCGCCGAGGUGGCCUCCCUCUGGUCCCCCGAAUCUGGCGAGCCCAUCACCGCCGAGAAGAUCGCCGAAAUGAAGUACACCAAGGCCGUAGCUCUCGAGGUGGUCCGGCACCGGCCGCCGGCGACGCUGGUGCCGCACAUCGCCACGAAGGAGUUCCAGCUGACGGAGUGGUACACGAUCCCCAAGGGCGCCAUCGUGCUCCCGUCGGUGUACGAGUCGUCGUUCCAGGGGUUCCCUGACCCCGACGCGUUCGACCCGGAGCGGUUCUUCUCGGAGGCGCGCAGGGAGGACGUGGUGUACAAGCGCAACUUCCUCGCCUUCGGCGCCGGCCCGCACCAGUGCGUCGGGCAACGCUACGCCCUCAACCACCUCGUCCUGUUCAUGGCGCUCUUCGUCUCCGUCGUCGACUUCCGGCGGGACAGGACGGAGGGCUGCGACGAGCCCCUCUACGUGCCGACCAUCGUGCCGAGGGACGGCUGCGCCGUUUACCUCAAGCAGCGGUGUGCCAGGUUUCCAUCGUUCUGA